AUGAAGGUCUCGAACUCAUGCUCAGGAAUAUCAUUCAAAACCCAAGCGCUGUACUUUCUCGUCUACGUGACUCGGUACCUUGACCUCUUCUGGACCUUCACCGAUAGCGCCUGGAACACCAUUUUCAAGCUGAUCUUCCUCUCCUCCUCGCUCUACACCCUGUACGUCAUGCUCAAUGACUACAAACCCACCCACGACCCGAACCUCGAUACCUUCCGCGUCUCGUACCUUACGGGAGGCAGCGCAGUCCUCGCUCUGCUCUUCCCAUAUCGCUACACCAUCCCGGAAAUCCUCUGGGCGUUUUCUAUCUGGUUGGAAUCGGUGGCUAUACUACCGCAACUUUUCAUGCUGCAGAGGACGGGCGAGGCGGAGACGAUCACCACGCAUUACCUCUUUGCGUUGGGGAUCUAUCGCGCACUCUACAUUCCGAAUUGGAUAUAUCGCUAUUUUGCCGAGAAUGGACAUUUUGACCCUAUCGCAGUAGUCGCGGGAAUCAUCCAGACCGUGUUGUACUCGGACUUUUUCUGGGUUUACUAUACAAAGUGA